UUUGCGCAGGCGCUUUUUGAACAUAGCGCGAGGACAGAGUGAAUAAAGUGGUGUGAGUGAGGAGGAAGGAGACCGUAAUUCCAAACGCCUUUUGUGAUUUUGCCAAAGACGCUUUGGAUACCAUUUAGGAUAAAUAUAUAUUACUAAAAGAGAAAUUUCAAACGCUAAGUAACACGAAGUUCUAAUCAACGUACUGAUUUGUAGUAAUAUGAGUAAUGCACCCAACCACAAUGGAUCAGGUCUAGAGCAGCAGUUUGCUGGUCUGGACUUGCAGGGCCGCAACAGCGGCGGCGGCAGAUAUAUUCCACCCCAUUUACGUAAUAAGCCAAACCAAUCCAGCACUCCUGAUAGUAGAGAGCGCGGAGAAUCUCGCGGUGGUGGCAGCAGUCGCGGUGGUAGCAAUUACGGUCGCGAAAACUUUAGUCGUGGGGGUGAAAGUCGUGGUGGUGAGAGCCGCGGUAACACUCGCGAGAGAAACGAGCGUUAUGGGGAUUUCUCUAGCUUUAAUACAAGAACUAGACGCGACAAUUUCCAAAAUGGUGAUGGCAGUGAUAGGGAGAAUUUUGCCCGCGGGGGAUCUCGCUAUUCAGACAGAGAGCAGCGGGAACUUCCUCGCAAUGAUCGCUGGCAGGAGCCUGAGAAAUCAUCCCGUUGGAACGACGAUCGUGGCGAAAGUCGCGGUAAUAGUAGGUGGAACGAUAGCAGAGAUGGUGGACGCAGUAAUGCAGAUUGGACCGUUCCAUUGCCUCGGGAUGAGCGAGUUGAACUUGAGCUCUUUGGUACCGGUAAUACAGGCAUCAACUUUAAUAAAUACGAAGACAUACCCGUCGAAGCGACUGGUGAAAAAGUGCCAACUCACAUUGCAUCUUUUGAGGAAGUACAGUUGACAGAAAUAAUUAGGCAAAACAUAGCUUCGGCACGUUAUGAUACUCCGACUCCUGUGCAGAAAUAUGCCAUACCGAUUAUUUUGGGACGCCGUGAUGUGAUGGCAUGCGCUCAGACUGGUUCUGGUAAAACGGCAGCUUUCCUUGUCCCUAUAUUGGAUCAGAUGUAUGAGCAGGGCCCUCCAGCUAAUAUGCAACGUAGUCAACGCAGGAAGCAAUUUCCACUUGGAUUAGUCCUUGCACCUACCAGAGAACUGGCUACUCAGAUAUAUGAUGAAAGCAAGAAGUUUGCCUACCGUUCGCGAGUAAGACCGUGUGUUGUUUACGGUGGAUCGAACAUUGUUGAGCAGAUGAAAGAAUUGGACCGGGGAUGUCAUUUAUUGGUAGCUACACCUGGUCGUUUAAUUGACAUGUUAGAACGCGGUAAGAUUGGACUAGAUCAUUGCCGUUUUCUUGUUUUGGAUGAGGCAGAUCGUAUGUUGGAUAUGGGUUUUGAGCCUCAAAUUCGAAGCAUCUUGGAAAAAGAUUCUAUGCCACGUACAGGUAUUCGUCAAACACUUAUGUUCUCGGCGACCUUUCCAUCUCCUAUUCAGAUGUUGGCGCGUGAUUUUCUUGAUAAUUAUAUUUUCUUGGCUGUCGGCCGCGUUGGUAGUACAUCUGAAAAUAUCACACAAAAAGUAGUUUGGGUGGAAGAGCACGAUAAGCGCUCUUUCUUACUCGACCUCUUGAAUACAGCAGAUUUUACACAACCAUCAUCUGAAAGUUUAACUUUGGUGUUUGUUGAAACCAAGAAGGGAGCAGAUUCCCUUGAAGAAUUUUUACACAUGGAUGGAUAUCCAGUAACUUCCAUUCAUGGUGACCGCACACAGCGCGAGCGAGAAGAUGCAUUGAAGGCGUUCAGAUCAGGAACUAAACCUAUUUUGGUUGCAACAGCUGUUGCUGCUAGAGGAUUGGAUAUUCCUCAUGUUAAGCAUGUAAUCAAUUUUGAUUUGCCAUCAGACGUAGAGGAAUACGUUCAUCGUAUUGGCCGUACAGGGCGUAUGGGUAACUUGGGCCUGGCAACAUCAUUCUUCAAUGAUCGCAAUCGUAAUCUAGCAACUUCUAUGUUGGAUCUUUUGGCGGAAGCCAAACAAGAGGUACCUAGUUGGUUAGAAAGUGUUGCAUCUGAUGGGCGCUCCGCCAGUUCUGGUCGUAGAGGAGGUAAAGGUCGUUUUGGUGGCGGAGGAUUUGGAGGUAGAGAUUUUCGUCAGCAAAGCGGUGGUAGCAGUGGUGGAAUGCAACGCACUCAACGAUCCGGUAGCAGUUACGGUGGUGGAAAUAAUGGAUAUGGCGGAAGCGGAGGCUACUACGGCAAUGAUAGAGGAGGCAAUUAUGGAGGAAACUAUGGCAGCAGUAAUAAUGCUCACGACACAUGGUGGGAGAAUUAAAUGUUUUCAAUAUCCACAACCAAUAGUAAGCGAGUUUAAAAUUAUCCCCUCCCAAUUUAUUUUCAAUUACAAUCCCCAUAUCUUAUACAAUUACCAAUUAAUUGAUAGGUGUACAUCCAGGGUUUUUUUUUAAUUUAAGAAACUGAUUCUUAUUUUUUUUUUAUUAAUAAACAAUCCCUUUUAUAUUUAG